AUAUUGUAGACGCAGAGAGAAAAGGAGUGAGGGGAGAGCGAGAAGGGGUUUUCGCUUUUUGGUUUGCAAAGAAAGCGAGCGAGCGAGAGGUUUCUUCAUUCCCGUUGUUGACGCGGCGGAACCCUAGCUAGUACGGUGGUGCACCAAAGAGACAGAGAUAGGAUGAGUGGGAAGGGCGGUGGCGGCCACAACAAUGGCACCGGCAAGGCGCUGUCCGCGACGAUUCCGGCGUCGUCGCGGAAGAUGGUUCAGAGCUUGAAGGAGAUUGUCUCCAAUUUCCCCGACCACGAGAUCUACGCCACGCUCAAAGACUGUAACAUGGACCCUAACGAAGCUGUUAGUCGCCUCCUCUCACAAGAUCCUUUUCAUGAGGUGAAGAGCAAGCGAGAGAAGAAAAAGGAGAUUAAGGACCCAGCAGAUUCCAGGUCUCGUGGGAGUGGGACAAACAAUACAUCUAGUCGUGGUGGCGCUAGGGCUGGCACAGAUCGUCAUGGUGGACGUGGCGGUGCCAACCAAUUUGGCAGCAGUGAUUAUGGUCUGCAGGGGAAGCCUGUAUACAAGAAGGAAAAUGGAGUACCUUCUUAUGGAGGGUCUACAUCUUCUGCAUCUAGUGUGCUGGGAAAUAAUGCAAACAGGAGACUGUCAUCCCACAGUGAUUUUGCAGUCACCGAAAAAACAUAUGCAUUAGGCAUUGGUGAUGGACCAUCUUCAUCAUCACAACGUGCUGGACUGCAAUCUGCAUGGACGGGGAAUGCAGGUCAAGUAUCAAUGGCUGACAUUGUCAAGAUGGGUAGGCCACAGGCCAGAUCAUCCAUGCACAACUCUUGCAUCCAGAGUGGUAAUCAUCAGAAUGUCUGGAUGCCUCCAGCUGCUUCAGAUAACCAUUUGCAUUCAUUGCAAGGUCAUGCUUCCAAGGUUUCGGAAACAAAUACUAAUCAAGACUAUUCCAUUGGUGACAAUGUUCCACGGAAUGAUGAAUGGCCUUGUAUUGAGAACCAACAUGAUGUUAGAGUAUAUGCGGACGUUGAUGCCCAUGCAAAUUCCGAGUACUAUGGGAACUCAUCAAGCUUUGCUGAAGCUGAAUGGCAGCAGAAAACUCCCUUGGAUGAACAUGGAGCUGAAGAUGGUUCCAUUGAGAAAUCAGACAAUGUUGACUCAGCUUCUAUGUCUGCUAAAAGUACGUCAGAGGAUAACACAGAAGCUGAAGAUGAUGUUUCAUCAGUGGCUGCAAACAUAGAGCAGUUAAAUAUACAGAGAGAUGAUCAGGGGACAGAACAUGGGGAUGACAAUCCUUCUGUUGUAAUUCCAAAUCACCUACAACUCCAUACUCCAGAAUGCAUGAAUCUGAGCUUUGGAAGUUUUGGAUCUGGAAAACCCCUUUCUGGAUCUGAGCCAUUAACAUCUAGGCCCUUGAAAAGUAACUUGGAGGAUACAUCUGGUGCGACAGAUGUUUCAACAAUUGAAAACUCAGAUGCCAGAAAUCCUGACUAUUACGGAGAUGAGCAUCUUGCUACUACUACCUCAGAUGAAAAUUUAGUUCAAGGAACUGGCGUGAGUGCUGCUGGGACCUAUGAACACACUUCCAUUUCACAACAAGAGGCUUUAAAAUCUGAAUCCCCUGAAAUUGCUCAGGAAAAUCAGUAUUCAUUUCCUUCAUCAUCUCAUGGGUUUACUUAUGAAAAUGGCCAACCACCAGAAGUCACAUUUCCUCUUUCGCAGACCAGCUCACAGAUACAGAAUCUUGCUCCCUUCUCUGGUGUAAUGCAGGCACAUACAAAUUCUUUGCCCAGUGCUCUGUUGGCUUCAACCGUUCAAACAGCAAGGGAAGAUAUCCCGUACUUACCUUUCCCUGCAACACAGUCAAUGCCUACAAAAUAUAGUAACAUUGCUUCUUCUAUCGGUGGUUCCACAAUAACCAUGUCAGAGGCUCUUAGAGCUAGCGGCAUUUCUACUCCUCAACCUAACGCACAAACCCUGUCUGGUGGAAGUGUUGCUACUGGUCCUACACUUCCUCAACACCUUGCUGUGCAUCCGUACUCCCAACCUACUCUUCCUUUGGGACAUUUUGCUAAUAUGAUUAGCUACCCAUUCUUGCCCCAGAGCUAUACGUAUAUGCCAUCAGCUUUUCAGCAGACUUUUGCUGGGAAUAGCACAUAUCACCAAUCUCUGGCAGCAAUGCUUCCACAGUAUAAAAACAAUGUUUCUGUCAGCAGCUUGCCUCAGUCUGCUGCUAUUCCACCUGGAUAUGGCUUUGGCAGUUCAACAAGCAUUCCUGGAGGAAAUUUUUCUUUGAAUCCGCCUGCUGCUCCUACUGGGACAUCCAUUGGAUAUGAGGACGUUUUAAACUCCCAGUUUAAGGACAACAAUCAUAUGAUUUCACUUCAGCAGAACGAGAAUUCUCCCAUGUGGGUUCAGGGGCCUGGCUCUCGAACAAUGUCUGCAGUUCCUCCAAGCACCUAUUAUAGCUUGCAGGGACAGAAUCAACAGCAACCAGGUGGAUUUCGGCAAAGGCAGCCGCAGCAACAACAACAGCCUUCUCAGCAUUUUGGACCCCUUGGCUAUCCUAAUUUCUACCAAUCUCAGACUGGCAUGUCAUUGGAACAUCAGCCACAAAAUCCUCGGGAAGCCAACCUGGGUGGUCCGCAAAGCCAACAACCUAAGCAGUCCCAACAAAUAUGGCAAAAUAGCUACUAAUCCUAGUCACGUCCCGGUUUUUCAGGGUAUUAGUGUGAGUUUGAAAGUGGCUAAUCUGAGGCAUUUUCGGUCUAGUAACUUAAUGUAUCAUUGUUUGGUCUCUACAGAAGACCAUGAGCCCAUUGCCACGAGGUUGUAUUCUACAUAAUUAUGUUCGUCAUGUUUAACGUAGGUACUAAGUGUGCUAAUUUGGUUUACCCAGUACGUUUUUUUUUUUUUUUUAAUGUCACCUGAUUAUAGUGGAAAAUCUCUUUCGGAGAGUAUUCUCACCAGUUAACUGGUUCCGCUCACUUGUGCUGUGAUAUAUAAACACAUUCGAAGGGUUUCGUUGACAAGUUAACAUGUUUGCGCUC